AUGGUUCAGCUUCGUAUCAGUGCUGCCUUUGUUGUGCUGAGUGCAUUUAUUGGCGUCUCUGCCUUGCCCAUCCUAGCGAGAAGUUCAAAAGAACUACAGAUUGGAAAAGUUCUACCAUCGCCUGCUACGGGUGAAGAGCUUCCAGCUCGCAUUCCGCCCCAAGCCGCUCCUAACAGGAAUACUCAAUCAAACGAUCACCCCCGACCUCGAGUGCGAGAUCUGGGUGCGGCUAUGCGUAUUGUUCUUACUACCGUCGGCAAAAAACCCUUCGAGCACAUCCAGUUACGUGAUUUACAAGAGCACCAGCGCGCCCGAUUACUCUCAAAUCAGCCAAGUCCUCCCUCGUCCGUUGCUAAAUCUCAGCAGACACCUCCUUGUAUCCCUGGGCGGUUGAUGAGAAUGCGGGAAAGGCGCCAGGCGGGUCGGCAGGACCAGAGCCGCCCGCAACAGUCAAAGCAAACUAAUCCACAGAGACAGCCACAAAGCCAGAACAACCAAGUUUCGCCACCAAUUCCGGCCUCCCCUGCGCGGGCUCCGGUUGCCAACAAUAAUGAUAUUCAGAACGGCCGUCAACGCCCUCGUAGAAUAAGCAGGCUGUUUGGCAGCCAGCUCCAAGUGGGUAAUGUGCGGCAGACCGCUGUUCCGCCACCCUCAGCGGCGCCGAACACAACCCUUGAACCAUCUCAACCGAACUCUGAAAAAGGUAGUAGUAGCAAUUCUAGUGGCGCGGCUUCUCCGGGUCACCAAGAUGGAGCUCAAAACGAUUGGCACCAAGAGCAUCCGGCUGAGGUGAAAGUGUCCGUGAGCCCGGAAGGCGAAACAGGAGGGAAAGAGAGAAGUGAAAUACAAGACGAAAUGAAAGAGGUACGCGAAGAUAAGGAGAGGGGAGCCGAGAGGCUCUGCGCGACCGAUCGUAAGAACCGAUGGUCCAAGUCGGAGUUUGGCCGAAUCGGGACCAAUGUCGUGCGAAUGAGCGCAACGACCGCGUGGGAUCCUCGGGUAUCUGAGGGACGAGGUGGAGGUGCGAAAGAAUCGCAUGAAAACGACGGGCCGGAGAGAGGGGGCCGGAGGGCGAGGAGAGCAAGGGGAAAGGGGCGACGAGGUGGCGACGAGGUGGCGGUCACGUGCAGGCGUUACGGUGUUACGACCUGGGUUCGUAACAUGGUAGAGGAAAUGGCUGGUCUAGGGGAGCAAGAUCUGAUUGCUGACAAAGACGAGGAGGAGCUCUAA